AUGCGCAAGGCGCUGGGCAUACCGGAUUCGAUCCUGACUAAUUUCUCUAAGGGAUUGUUCCGAGAAGAUGUCCACAAUGGAUGGCGAUGGGGACACGCUGUGAACGGUCGUAGUAUGGCAGCGCGGAUCGAUGGAGGUUGGGAAGCGCCAGUCUUGGAGCUCGCAAAGACCGUGCCGUGCCCGGAUCUGGAGUACGAGGAAGACUAUCCCGUGGUCGAACACGUGCUGCUGGGCCGCAUCAAUUCGUUCAUUACUCAGCUUAAAACAGCUGAAGAGAAACUGGCUCAGGAAUUGGCGGAGAAGAAGCGAAAGACAGAAGCCGCGCGUGAAGAAGCGAGAAAGCAAGAGGCCAAGGAGGCAGAAGAGACGAAAAAGGUAGAGGCUGAAAAGAAGCAGGCCGUCCGGGCAGUUAUUGAGCAGAACCGGCUGUCGAAGACUGGCGAAAUAGACAAGACUGGCGAACCGGCAGACAAUGCGGGCAAGAUUGGCGAGGCCGGGAAGGCUGGCGAGACCGGGAAAGCCGACCUCGCCGGCUUUCCGGGAGAGGUCGGGAGAGCGGGUGGUGCAGAUGAUCUUAAAUCUGGGCUGCAUAAACCCGAAGCGCAGCCACCCGGUUCUGUUACAGGUCGAGAGAGGGGAGUUUGUCUAAGUAGUGAGGAUAAGGAAGAGGUCUUGAGAGUGAAGCGUAUGGACUAUGUGGUUAGUAGUGCCGAGUACAAGGCUUGUUUGGAGGUAGAGGAGGUUUUGUUGAAGGUGGCCAAGGACGCGGAGUCGUUGCCGAAAAAGUUGGCGCGUACGAUGCAGUCGAUGGUGGACCAGAAGACGGCGUUGGAGAACAGUGUGCAGACGGUGAUGCAGCGCGGUCGGCAGUUAGAUGUUGAAAACCCCAAGUGCGAGGGACUGAAGAAAUUAUUGACGGCACUGCCGGCAGAUGACUUGCCACGAGAGUGCGACAGUUUCACCUUUGCGUUUGUGAACGAGCUGUUAAGAAACCUGUUGGACGCAUAUAAGAGUCAGGCGCACCAGGCUCACACAGUAUGGUCCUUUUCGCAUUUCGUGGCACUCUUGCUAAGAAGUCGUAUGCAGGAAAUCGUGCACCCUUUAUGGCUGUACAACUGCAGAAGCCGUUCCCUGGGCUGUAUCCCGGUUUGGGACGCGGACCAUACCGGCCCGAACCAGCACGUGCUUAGACUUUAUACGGCAACACUCGUGUGUGUCCCUGACCACAAGUCGUUGUGGUCCUAUAUAGCGGCUGUCGUGAAUGACAUGUCGCAUGGACUCGCCGCACAUUCCGCACUCCACAUACUCAAUGCAGUCGUUGGAGUUGCCCAUGGCUCCAUGACCAACACAUUCAAAAAUCAGUACGCCAAGAUAGUUAGGAUUCUGGAACACGACGUCGUUCCCAAGCUAACCAUUUCUCUUGUCGAUUCAGACGCACGCGUACAAGCAGAACAACUUCUCCACACACUCAAAGACACAUCUGGCAAAAUGCCCGACGCCUACGUCCUCCCCCCCAGAGAGAAAGAACUAACCAUCGACUGA